ACCAAUUUGCAGGAUAUAUUCGUGCUCGCUCUCUUCCUCAUAUAGGUGCGUGGACUGAAUUCCGACCCGAGCAGAUUGCUACUUUUUAUAACAGACCAUCUCCAACAUUUUCUGAGCCAUCUAAACCCAAAACUACUUGGGCGAUGCCAAUUCCUAAAAAAUCAAUUAGUAGUGAUGAAUUAGGUGAAAUAUCAAAUGCAAUAAGAGGAUGGGCCCUAAAAGAGAAUAUGAAACUUGGUAACAAAGGUGCCGGAAAACGCAUGACAAAAAAAGUAUUGCAGUACUUGCAAGGAUUUUUUUUGGCGGGUAAUUUGAGAGCUGAAGAUCGUUACUCACCUGAAGACAUGCAUGCUAACUUAGAAGAUCUGGCAGCAAACGGGGAACUUACUUUUGAGGAAAUACCAACAGUAAAAACAAUCAAAGGAUGGAUAGGAAGAUAUAGUGCAUAUUUUAAAAAGGAGGCGUCAGAAAAAGCAUUAUCAGAGAGUAAUAGUUAUACUAUAACAUCUGUUGAAAGCGUCAAUACUAAACGUCGAAAGUAUAUUUAG